AUGUCAGAGUGUAGUGAAGUUGACUGUGAGACUUCAACUUCAAUGACAGAGUCAUUUUUGUUCAACAGAUAUUCUAGAAAUGAUGAAGACAAUGACGGUGAGCUUCUGAUUUAAAAUAAAAUUUGAUUUAAAUUUUAAAUUUCAUUUGUUUUGAGAGAAUUAAUGAUUAAAAUUCGUAAUUUUAAAACCUGUUUAGAUUUACCAUAAAGCUAUGUAAUUUAGAAACGACCGAGUACAUUCCGAAAGGCCAGCUGACAUUUUCAGAAUGGGAAAAGUUUGAGAAAAAACGAUUGGAAAUGUUGACGGAAGUAAGCAUGUUUAUAACAUGAAAACAAGUAUUACAUCAUUAACAUAGACUUUGUGAACUGAUAAGGCCAAUAACAAUUAAGAUCGAAAUUACAGUUCUAAUUACAGGUUUGACCAGUCUUUUGAAUGGCAUACUCUUUAGUAUGAUACAUAAAGCACUGAUCCAAACCAGUUCUUAUAACACAGUACAAAGUUACUUUCAAUAAAAGUUUUAUUACAAAGAACGGCGAAGAAGCUGUUAUUAUAAAGAGAGUGUCACACUAUCAAGGGCCAUACUAAAAGAUUUUAUUGUAUAACAUUGUAGGCCAAAGACCGUGCCGAAUGCAUGGAGAACACAAUGAAAUGGUGGGCUGAAUGUACAGCGAUGUGGAGAGAGAAAUGGUCGAUAGUACGAAAUGAGAGGAACCAAGCCAGGCUUACUAUUGAGAAACUGAUCAAAACACUACAUGAAAUACAAGUAUGUCAUUACUUUUAGAGUUAUUUAUAUAGUAAUGUUUAUGUAAAAGGCCUUAUUAGAGACCAUUCUGUUAUAGACAACCCUAUUUCGUUGCUUGUGACGGUAUUUUACAGUAUUUAGAUUUAUAAAAGGGCAGGGAUUGGCCCAUUUUUUCAGUUUAGAUUACGGGUUUAGUCUUGAUUUUGGCCCCUACUCUUUGGUCUACAUGUGCCGGUUCAGAUUUUUUAUUAUAAAUGGCUAGAGACAAGCUGAACCUUGUAGACUCUCUUUCAGGUCUAACUGUAUUAAAAACAUUAUUUUUGUUGAAUAAUAUUAUUGUUUCCAGGAAGACACUUUAAAGUACUUCGAUGCUAAAGAAGAAGCUGAAAAGGAAGUUCGAAGGCUACGUGAGGAAGUCACUGAUCUCAAAAAUCAACUAUUACGAAGUUGA